AGGCGGGCCCGGCCGCACGGCUCGGCGGCAGCGGCCCCGUGCUCAGGGCCAUGUGGAACCCCGCAGCGCUGUGCUGCAGAACGGCCGCCAGCGCCCGAUCCCCGCUGCUCCCGAGGUCACACACCUUAAACCGCGUGUUUGGAAGAGAAUAUGAUGCCCUGUGUCAGCAGCCAGCACAGGGGGUGCAGGGUGAGGGGCUGGGAAGGACACCCGGCGUGCUGCCCUGCCGCUCAGUAAGUAGUAAAGCGAAAUACAGACAGUAUGCACAAACUUACCCUGUCCUGGACGGACGCAUCCUGUCUGUGUACCGACAUGUGUUCGAAGAAAAUCUAAGGAACAGCGAGGCUGUUGUGAAAAGAUACUCAGAGUUGCUAGAGAUGGUCAGGAAAGGAGGGGGAGACAAGGCCAUCUGGCGUCACACUCAGAGAAACAAGAAGAUGUUUGUUCGGGAGCGCCUGAAGCUGCUGCUUGACCACGAGUCUUUCCUUGAGCUGUCUCCACUGGCAGGGCUCAACAUGCCCUAUGGUGAUGUCCCUGCAGCUGGGUGCCUUACUGGAAUCGGCAGAAUCUGCGGGGUCUGGUGUGUCUUCAUGGCAAACGAUGCAACUGUAAAAGGAGGAACGAUUUAUCCCAUUGGGGUGAAGAAGCAGUUAAGAGCUCAAGAAAUAGCCAUGCAGAACAGGCUGGUAGCCGUGUACCUGGUUGACAGCGGGGGAGCAUUCCUGCCACUGCAGGCAGAGCUGUUUCCUGACAAGUCACACGGUGGCAGAGUUUUCUACAAUGAAGCGAUAAUGUCUGCCAUGAGAAUCCCGCAGGUGGCAGUGGUGUGUGGCUCCUGUGUGGCUGGAGGUGCCUAUGUCCCAACCAUGGCAGAAGAAACUGUGAUUAUAGAUAAAAUUGGUACAUUAUUCCUUGCUGGCCCACCUCUGGUAAAAGCUGCUACAGGAGAAUAUGUCUCUCCCGAGGACUUGGGAGGAGCCAGACUCCACUCUCAUGUCAGUGGCUGCAGUGACCAUUUUGCAUCUUCAGAGAAGGAAGCCUAUGAAUGUAUUCGGAACGUUAUCUCCACAUUGAAUUAUGAUCCCCUGCCAGAGGAGGCCGUAGAGCACGACAGCCCUUUGUACAGCCCCGAUGAGCUCCUGGGGCUGGCACCACGGGAUUACAGGUGUACUCUUCCUGUCAAGUUGAUUCUGAGCCGUCUGCUGGAUGGAAGCAGAUUCCAGGAGUUCAAGGCUAAUUAUGGAAUGACGUUAGUAACAGGAUUUGGCCAUGUGGAAGGGCACUUGGUGGGGAUAGUGGCCAACAACGGGGAGCUGUCUCAUGAUGCUUCUCUCAAGGGUAGCCACUUCGUGCAGCUGUGCAGCCAGCGGAGCAUUCCCAUCCUCUUCUUCCAGAACACAGCUCCACAGACAGCAGAGCCAACAAGCACCUCACAGGCAGAGGCUCACUCCAGCAGAUUGAAAGCUCAGGCCUCCAUGAUGGCUGCUGUUGCUUGUGCUGCUGUUCCCAAAAUAACCAUUGUAGUCGGUGGCUGUUUCGGGAGUGAGAGUUACGUUAUGUGUGGGAGAUCGUUCAGCCCAAACUUCCUGUUCUUGUGGCCUAAUGCAAGAGUUGCUCUUGUGGAUUCAAGACAUCUCUCCACAGUCCCACAAGCUGGGGACAGUGACCACGGAGGAGAGGAAGCAGAGCUAAAAGAGCUGAAAGAAAAGCUAGAGGAAGAAAGCAGUGCAUUUUACUCCUCUGCCAGGCUCUGGGAUGAUGGCAUAAUUCUACCUCAAAAUACUCGAAAGGUGAUUGCAGAUUGUUUGAAGAUCACAGAACAGCAGAAGUACCAGGUUGUGUCUCCGUGUCAGCAUCCUGUUAUGAGGAUGUAACUGCAGCCACGUUCAAAUCAGUGCUUGAAAGUUGCACCAUGUACUAGAAAUCUUUCAUGUAAAUGAUCUUCUCGCUCUUUGAUACCAUUAAUAAAAACAUUGAACCACUGCAGCCAAACAAGAA